GCGAAGCUAAACUCUGCAAUCCGUUGAUAUCGUACAUUCACCAUCGUAUAUCCAAACCCACACAUAAACUAUCCAAUCAACCACCAAACAUCAUCCACCAUGCCGUUGUUGUCUCGAAAGAACAAGCACUCCAAUGAACACAUGAACGAGCAAGGACGUCGUCCUGAGAACCAGGCUCAAGGCCAGGCAGGCAUGGGCGACCCUAAUAUGAACAAGCCUUUGCCUGGCCAAAGCCAGCAAGACCCGCGCUUUACUCAGCAGAAUAUGGGUCAGCAGGACUUCCAGGGCCAGGACCCUUUCAACCGCAACACCUCAUCAACCGGAGCGUCUACAGGCACCGGCGGUGCCAACCCACCUGCCUCCUCUGGCAAUCGCGAUCAGGGCCAUGGCGGUGGCCAAUCAAUGACUAACAAAGUCGAGAGCGCCGUCGGCUCCAUGGUCGGCUCCAACGCGCUCAAGGCCAAGGGCAUGCAGAAGCGACAGGAAGCGGACUCCAUUCAUCAACAAAGUCAAGAACUUGCUGAAGCGGAGCGUCUUGAGCAUGAGGCACUCGUGCGACGCGAUCACGCGGUUUCGCAUGGCGCGCACCCGCAGAACAAGCACCUCGGUGGCGAUGCGAACGCUGCCGUUCUUCAGCCAGGAACCGGGCGUGACAUGGGCGGCGCAGGAGCGCGUGGUUUUGAUCAGCAGGGCGGUGCCACUGGUGCAGGAAAUGGUGAUCAGGCGGGAAACACUGGCUACGGCGCGCCUGGAGGUGAUCCAGGUGCAGGUGGCAUGGGUCCCCGAGUAUAGAGAAGACCUUGAU